GGACGUCGGAGCAUUAAAAGCUUAAGGAUCAGGAGCUGGAAAACAAAAGAUCUAGCAGAUCAUAUCACAGAAAGGAUAAACAUUAAAUUCUAGCAUCGAACUUGAAGAAGAAGCUACUUGAUUGUAACAUUUUCUACACCCCCCCGGGAAUCAUUUUGAUUAGAUUGUGACACUUAACAGGGAAUACUACUAUUGUGUGUGUGUUUACGUCAAAGAAAACAAAUCAAUUUUCUUUGUGAUAGAAGAAAAAAUCCAAAAUUGUACUUAAUUAAUUAAAGGAUAAUUUUUGACUUAAGUAACUCUAUAGAAUUCUGUCUUGAUGUAAAUCCAUUAAGUUAACGAUAAGAGAGCGACUUUAUUAUAUUUUUGUACGAAACGAAAAUUUUAAUUGUGAGCCACCACGAAAUCGUGAAUUUUUAAAAUUAGAAAUCAAACUACUUCCUAAAAAACUAACUUAUUUUAGUGUAAAACAAGAUUUGUGAAGGACAAACCGAUACCAAUUAAUUACAACAAACACACACACGAUCCUUCUCCUGUACUGCUUUUGUAAUAGUUUAUGAGCAUCAAUAUGCGUCAAAAAGAUCUGCGCCCCGCCCCCGCUCUAAUCGAGUACAAGGGCAUGAAGUUCCUAAUCACCGAUCGACCAUCAGACAUAACAAUUAAUCAUUAUAUUAUGGAGCUUAAAAAGAACAAUGUCAACACUGUGGUGCGUGUGUGCGAGCCGAGCUAUAAUACCGUUGAGCUCGAGGCACAAGGUAUUACCGUAAAGGACCUGGCCUUUGAGGACGGCACCUUUCCGCCUCAACAGGUCGUCGACGAGUGGUUUGAGGUCUUGAAGGAUAAAUAUCAACAAACCCCUGAGGCAUGCGUCGCCGUACACUGUGUGGCUGGUCUGGGACGAGCUCCUGUCUUGGUUGCCUUAGCACUGAUCGAAUUGGGCUUGAAGUACGAGGCAGCCGUUGAAAUGAUCAGAGAUAAACGACGCGGCGCCAUCAAUGCCAAGCAGCUUUCAUUUUUGGAAAAGUACAAGCCAAAGGCGCGGCUAAAGCACAAAAAUGGCCAUAAGAAUUCAUGUUCUGUGCAAUAGAUUUCCAAAACCAUUUGUAUAUUCCCACCAGAUAAAAAGUGUUCAUUUUUUCAAAAACAAAAAAAAAAAACAAAACAAAAAACGCAAGCAUAAAGUACAGAAAUAUUGUGGGAGGAUAGGUGCCGACAUAUUCUAGUACCACAGAAGAAGAAAUUGAA